AAAAACUUCUAAAAAGCGAGAGCACGCAGCCUUCAAAAAAACAAAACAUAAAAGGGAAUUUAAAGGAACUUUCAACAGCUGAAUAAACUGCAACGCCUACUAGAACCGAAAAUGUCAGGCCUAACUUCUAAGGAAAAAUUGAUCGAGUUUGUUGAUGGAAUGAAGGUAUUACUUAUAAUACUAGAAACGCUUACUGAAAGGUAUAAUGAGGACUAUGAGGACGCUGAUUUCGACGAGCUUUUUAACUCCUCUGGAGAGAACCACGAGGAUACGGCUGAGGAAGCUGACCUAGAGUUCAGGGAUGAUCCACAAAUGAUCCUGAUCCAGCAAAAGGACAAAUUUUUUGAGGUAAACUACGAGGAUUCGGCUGAGGAUGAGGAGGAGGAGAUUGAUCCAGAGGAAGAGAGCGACUCCUUUGAGAAGGAGGAAGAGGAGGAUCCAGAGGGAGAGGCUCGUUUGAUCGAGUUCGUUGAGACAACGAAGAAGAUAAUUGCUGAACUAGAAGGGCUUGUUGAAAGAGAGGGCAAUGAGUCCAAAGUGGUCAAUGAAGAGAUUGAUCCCGUCGAGCUUUUUAACCGCUCUGGAGAGAACCACGAGGAGCAGAAGAAGAAGAUUGAUCCAAAGGCAGAGCCUGAGCCGAUAAUGACACGUUUAAACGUGUUCGUUGAUACAAUGAAGAAGAUAAUUGCUGGACUAGACAAGCUUUCGAAGAGAGAGGACAAGGAGACCAAAGUGGUCUUAGAGGAGAUUGAAAAGAACAAAUCCUUUGAGGAAAACCAUAAGGAUUCGGCUGAGAAGGAUAAGGAGAAGGUUGAUUCAAAGGCAGAGCCUGAGCCGGAAAUGACUCGUUUGAACGUGUUCGUUGAGACAAUGAAGAAGAUAAUUGCUAUUCUUGAAGGGCUUAUGAAAGGAGAGGGCAACGAGGCCAAUGUGGUUCCCUCUGGGGAAAACCACGAGGAUCCGGUUGAGCAGGCUGACCUGGAGCUUGGGAUUGAUCCAAAAAUGAUCCUGAUCAAGCAAGAGGGCAACUGUUUUGAGGAAAACCACGAGAAGAAUAAGGAGGAGAUUGAUUCAGAGGCAGAGCCUCAGCCGAAACGGGCUCGUAUGAAGGAAUAAUUUAUCAGAGAAAAGGUGAUCAUUUCAUCCAAAUGGAAUACGAAAUAGACGCCAGGAGAAGCCAAACAACAACAGAAGAUAAAAACUGA